CUAUGGGGGGGAGACAGCUCCCUCAGGUGGUCAGAAGUGUCAGUGCACCCACAGGAAGUUGAAACCUAAGGGCGCUUGGUAACACAAGAGAGCAUCACUGGGAGACAGGAAGAAACUGCUGAGUAGCACGAAGUGUCUUUAAGCUGAAAUAAUUCAUUAAUUAGGCGUUAAAUUACCAACACGGUGCACCAUACACCCGGGAGGGGCUUGGUAAAAUUCGCUGGUCGUUGCUAUCGAUAGACCUAACAUUUUCUAUCAAGAGGAUGUCUGUAUCUGUGAUAAUAAAAUGGGGCGGACAAGAAUACUCAAUAACUACACUGUCGGAUGAAGACACAGUGCUUGACCUUAAGCAGUCUAUCAAAUCCCUAACGGGGGUUCUUCCUGUCAGACAAAAACUGUUGGGGCUGAAAGUAAAAGGUAAACCUGCAGAAGAUGAUCUUAAACUGGGCACACUUAAGUUGAAACCGAAUACAAAGAUCAUGAUGAUGGGGAGCAGAGAGGAGAGCUUGGAAGAUGUUCUGGCUCCUCCUCCUGAAAAUGAGGAUGUCGUCAAUGAUUUUGAUAUAGAAGAGGAAGUUAUAGAAGUAGAAAACAGGGAAGAAAACCUGGCAAAAAUAGCCCGCAGAGUCAAAGAAUAUAAGGUAGAGGUUUUAAACCCACCUCGCGAGGGCAAAAGUCUGCUUGUAUUAGAUGUGGACUACACCCUGUUUGACCACAAAUCUUGUGCGGAGACGGGGUUAGAGUUAAUGAGACCGUAUCUUCAAGAGUUUCUCACGUCCGCGUAUGAAGACUAUGAUAUUGUUAUCUGGUCUGCUACCAGCAUGAAGUGGAUUGAAGCUAAAAUGAAAGAGCUUGGAGUGACAAACAACCCAAACUACAAGAUAACCUUCAUGCUAGACAGUGCUGCUAUGAUCACUGUGCAUACCCCUAAAAGAGGUGUAGUGGAGGUUAAGCCUCUGGGUGUAAUAUGGGGCAAGUAUGCAGAGUUCUAUAACAAGAAAAAUACUAUCAUGUUUGAUGAUAUUGGAAGGAACUUUCUGAUGAAUCCACAGAAUGGACUAAAGAUUAAACCCUUUAUGAAAGCACAUUUAAACCGUGAAAAAGACAAGGAGCUUCUCAAGCUGUCCCAGUAUCUCAAAGAAAUUGCAAAGCUUGAGGACUUCUCAGAGCUCAACCACAAGCACUGGGACAGGUAUCUUUCGAAGAAGCAGAGCCAAUAGAACGUAUCAGAGAUGACCCUCUUGUGGACCAUUCUUUACAGGGAGUAGUGCUGGACACUGAAGAAAAUGCCCAAGCUACUGCUGUUUCAUUAUUCCACAUUCAGGAUUCCCUGCAUUCUCUUCUGCUGUACAUAAAUACAAGCAGGAAAACAUGUUUUUAUCACAGAUCCUGAAGGAUUUUCUGCCUAUACGGUUUUCAUUAAUCUGGACAAUAUCAUCAAUGUGACACAAACCUGCCUGUAUAUUAAGGUUACAGGUAUAUUUGCAUCCUAAUACAUUGAUGCUGUUCACAAGUGUAAAGACAUCAUUAUGUGCCCAAAGGAAAUCCCCCCGCCAGAGAGUCACACACAUGCGCUGAAGUACUUAAAAUACAGUAAGAUGGUAUCAAGUUAUCAAUUCUACAGACUUUAUAUAUAAAAUCAAUGGCUUUAUUGGUAAUCUAAAAAUGCGUUACCUUGACAGGUCUGCAAAGAUUUUCUACUAGUAAUUGUUGCCAGCUGAUAAUACAAUUUGAAUUGCCAGUACUUUUUUAAAAAAGGUAAACAUUUACUAUUGCUGGUACAUUUUGAUUUUGUUUUAUUAUUGUUGUUAUACUGUUUGCAUUUUGCAAGUGGUGUUCACCCAGUAAGUUCAUUUGAAAGCCAAUUUUACUCGUACUUUGGGUAAAUACAUUUCUCAGUAAAAAAUUGAAGCAAUAAACUUUAAAGGGUUUGUAAUCCUGACUGAGUUUAGAAUAUGGAGUUCUGUUAAAAUACACUUUUGAAUCGGUCAGAUGGCGGAUCAGGGUUGUGUAAUUUAAAGAUGAGAGAUGUAUCAAGCCGCAAUGUAAUGAGAUGGUUUAUUUCAACGUGUAGCACUGUCUGGUUCAGAUUUCAUUUGUUAUUGGUUUACAAAUGUUAAAGAUUUCUAAAAUCUCUUUUUGUGUUUUUUGUUUUGUUUGUUUGUUUUUAAUGUCACCAAAGCUGCAAUUUCCCUUAUAAAUAAAUCUUUCAUGCUGUAAGUUUUUGUGGUUCAUGUAUGUACGUCUGUGUGUGUGUGCGUAUGUGUAUGUGUGUGUGUGUGUUUAUAUAUAUAUAUAUUAGUGUUUAGCAUAUGUCUAACAUGAAAGAUUUCCAAGAGAUGCUAAUCUUGGAUAUGCCAUAUGCUUACAUGAAGAAUUGGUAACUUGCAGCGCACUGUGGCUGACUUUUGCCCAGGCGCGUCUCCAUGUUGUUUUGCGUUAACUGCUGUCUGAUGGAAUAGAAACAUGUAUGUGUUCAGAUUCUUAAAGGGAACAGAUGGCAAGUGUAAAUAAUAAAUGAGCUUUUUAAAGUAA